AUGGCUGCGUCUGUUCUUCCAAGGUUUUCCGAGCUAUAUGAUUUGAAAGAGGAAAUAGGACGUGGAGCGUUUUCAAUUGUCAGGAGAUGCGUUCAGCUCUCAACAGGGUUAGAAUUUGCUGCAAAGAUAAUCAAUACCAAACGUUUGUCAACUAGAGAUAUGCAGAAGCUUGACCGUGAAGCGAGGAUAUGCAGACUUCUCAAACAUCCCAACAUUGUUCGCCUACACGAUAACAUUCAGGAUGAAGGUUUUCAUUAUCUCGUAUUUGACUUGGUGACUGGUGGUGAACUGUUUGAGGAUAUUGUCGCUCGAGAAUUCUACAGUGAAGCGGAUGCUAGCAAUUGUAUGCAGCAAAUCAUUGAAAGUGUAAAUUAUUGCCACCAAAAUAAUAUUGUGCAUCGGGACUUAAAGCCAGAAAAUUUGUUACUAGCCAGUAAAUCGAAAGGAGCUGCAGUGAAAUUGGCCGACUUUGGUCUGGCAAUAGAAGUUCAAGGUGACCAGCCAGCUUGGUUCGGAUUUGCCGGAACUCCUGGUUAUCUUUCCCCAGAGGUUUUGCGUAAAGAACCGUAUGGCAAAGCAGUAGACGUAUGGGCCUGUGGUGUUAUUCUGUACAUUCUCCUUGUUGGAUACCCUCCAUUUUGGGAUGAAGACCAAAAUCGCUUGUACAGUCAAAUUAAAUCUGGAGCUUACGACUAUCCUUCACCUGAAUGGGAUACCGUUACUCCUGAGGCCAAAAAUUUGAUCAACCUAAUGCUUACUGUUAGUCCUGCAAGACGAAUUACGGCAGCUGAAGCUCUCAAACACCCUUGGAUUUGUAGUUUAGAUCAACGGGAGCGCGUAGCGUCCCUCGUGCAUCGUCAAGAAACCGUGGAAUGCUUAAAGAAGUUCAAUGCGAGGCGUAAACUGAAGGGUGCUAUACUUACGACUAUGCUAGCCACACGUAAUUUUUCCAUGAAAAAGGAUGAUAGUUCUGGUCGAGGUACUGUUCCAGGUAGUCAUGCUUCUGUGACCAAAAAGUCUAAUGAUGGUAUAAAAGAACCAUCUGACAGCACUGUUACAGUAAUGGAGGAUUCAGCUGAUGUGAAAAAACUACUGGCAUGUAGUACCAUUGUGAAAGCAGAAAGCUCUGUUGAAAGUAAAAAACAAGAUAUUAUCAGAGCAACUGAACAGCUACUGGCAGCUGCAGCUGCAGGCGAUUUCGAACUAUACCUUAAAUUUUUGGAUUCCCAGUUCACCUAUUUUGGUCCCGAAGCAUGUGGGAAUUUGCUUGAAGGUGCGGAUUUCCAUAAAUUCUACUUUGAGCAGAUUAUUCCAAAGUCGGUUGUUCGUGCUAUUCAUACCAGUAUACUUAAUCCGACUGUACACUUAAUGGGUGAAGAUGCUGCUUGUAUCGCUUACACAAGGCUCACCCAGUUUUUAGAUAAGUGUGGUAUGCCACAUACACAGCAAACUGAAGAAACACGUGUUUGGGUAAGGCGUAGUGAUCGAGGCUGGCAGAAUGUCCAUGUACAUCGAUCGUGUUUAUCAACUUCCUCUGGUGGUGGUGGUUUUGCAAAUAUUAAUUCAACUGGAUCCGCUAGUUUCAACUACCCACUUUAG